AAAAAUGGUACAUUCAAAGAAGUUCAGAGGUGUCAGGCAACGCCAUUGGGGUUCUUGGGUUUCUGAAAUUCGUCACCCCUUGUUAAUGGGAUGGGAGAUUAGUCAUUUAUGUAAAGGGCAGUCUGGUGCACGAAGCUCCUGCUAUGCGCGGGCCGGGAAAGGGUCGGACCACAAAGGAUAUAUUGUACGCAGUCUUACCAUGUAUUUCUACAAGAGGCUGUUUUCAAAAGAAAAGAAAAAAAAUCAGUGCACAAAACAUCCCGCAUUUACGCAAGAUCCGGGAAAGGGCAGCACCCCAAGAUGUAUAAUAUAAGGCAAUCUGCUCUGCACAAGUAUCAGAGGAAAAGAAGGGUAUGGCUUGGCACAUUUGAUACAGCAGAAGAAGCAGCAAGAGCAUAUGAUCAAGCAGCAAUAUUAAUGAGUGGCCGCAAUGCAAAAACCAACUUUCCAAUCACUGAUGAUUCAGAUAAUAAAGAAUUAAAGGCUAAAGAUCAAGAAUUUUCAUCAAUUCCCUCUCCAAAAGCCUUAUCUGAAAUACUUCAUGCCAAGCUUCGCAAAUGUAGCAAGGCACCAUCACCAUCUCUCACUUGUUUGAGGUUGGAUAUUGAGAGUUCACACAUAGGAGUGUGGCAAAAACGUGCUGGUCCUUCAUCUGAUUCGAAAUGCGUAAUGACAGUUGAACUUCAGAAAAAGAAUAAUGUCAAAAAUGCUAUUGAAGGAGAAUUAAAUUCUUCUUCUACUUCUAGUUCCAAGAAUUGUGGAGAAAUAGUUGAAGGUAUAAAUAUUAGAAGUGAAAUGGAUGAAGAAGAAAGAGUUGCAUUGCAAAUGAUAGAAGAAUUACUUAACAUAAAUAGUCCUUGCCCUACAUUUGAUAUAUAAGAAGGGUUUUACUAUGUGAAGGCGAGCCCUAGACAGAAACAGUGAAGGUGUCUCCGUCUAAUCUAUAGAUUACGAAUUCGAACCGUAAAACCUGUCGUGAACACGGAAUGUUUCUUAUAUCGGACUACCUUAUAUAUAUAUUAUUACUUUCUAAGGAUUUGGGCAAGAAGCUGCCUAUGUAAGUAGUAGUAGUAAUAAUAAUAAAAGAAAAAGAAACA